AUGCACCCUUCAUCGCACCAACAGAGUCUAUCAGCACUUCCUCCAGCGGGCGCGAAUGCGCACCCACAGCAUCCUGCAGUGGACGAACAGCAGAAAGAGCGACAGCGAGCAUGGUCUUAUGUACCGAGUGAGAAAGAACAAUUUCAGCAUCAGGGGAUAAUCCCGGACUAUGCCAACCGUCCGCCCCUCGAGCAGCACCCGGCCAAUUAUGCGCCUUUGGUUCAAAACCAGGAACAGCAGCAGCAACAUAGCACUUCAAUAUCUCCUCAGACGUCCACAAUCGCGCCCGAGCAGCAACAACACCAUACCCAAUCCUAUACCAGCCAGUCUUAUACAAACGUAGCCGAACAGCCGAGUCACACGGUGUCUCCCCAGACAUAUGCGAGUCAGUCGUAUACAAAUACACCAGAGCAACAGCAGCAUCAAUGGCACCAACAGAUUGGCAUGACCAUAUCUCCUCAGUAUGCGAACAUACCCGAACGACAGCAGAACAGCACCCCGAUGUCUCCCCACUCAUAUGCGAGUCAUCCAUAUGCGACGCAGUCAUACCACAUCCCGAAUCAACAUCGCGACAUCGAAAUACCCUCCCAGCAAUAUGCCUCGUAUACCGAAACCCCCAGCUCGCCACCCCCGAACUCACCAGGGCCACUGCCCCUGAAAGUAAACCCCGAAGGUCCACCACGAAGCGAAAGCGUGCCCAUUGUUCCCGACGAGAAUCCCCUGCAGUCACCCAUAUCGCCCUAUUUUCCUCCGAUUACUAGACCGAAAACAUCGCAUGCUCCCCAGCCGGAUGAUCUGAGCUCAUACCACCAGCCCGGCCAAACAACCCAUCCAAACCAGGAGAUAAAGGGCGGAGGAUGGAGCAACAGACUGUGCGAAUUUUCGAAUUUCGGAAUCUGCUGUCUAGGACUGCUAUGUCCGUGCAUUUUGUACGGGAGAACGCAACACCGACUCUCGAUGAAAUCGAGAAAGGAAGACCCGACCAACAUGCUCGGCUAUGAGACCUGCAACGGGUCGUGCACGGCGAUGGGACUACUAUGCGGAUGUCAAUGUAAGUCGAAGUCCAAUUUCAACCUCAGUUUUAAGCUUGAGUGA